AUGGUGCUACUGCUGCUGCUGUUCAUCUCACUCGCUCCUCCUCCUCCCCCCCUCCUCCUCAUCCCCCAGCUCUACUCCUCUCGCACCUAUCGCAAGGCCCCCAUCCUUCCCAUGUCAUCCCUGCACAUUCCCUUCCCCUUCCUCCUCCACCUUUCCCACUCCCUUUUUGCCCUUUCCCCUCUCCCCAUCCCCCAGCUCUACUCCUCUUGCGCCUACCGCAAGGCCCUCAUUUCUCCCAUGUCAACUCUGCCCAUUCCCUUCCCCCCCAUCUUUCCAUCCCUCACGGCCUACGCCCUCCUGCUACUGGCCGACAUCCGCCCCGGUCACAUCGUACUCGACCCCAUGUGUGGCUGUGGGACUCUCCCCUUGGAGGCUGCUGAUUGGUUGAAAAGCCGAAUCAGUGCGUUUGGAGGGGAUAAAGACGCAGGGGCUGUUGAUGCUGCUGCAACCAAUGGCAUCGCCUUGAGAACCGCAGCAGCCAAUAGCAUCGCAUUGAGAACCGCAACAGCCAAUAGCAGCACCUUGGGAAUGGCUAUAGCAAAUGGGGAUGCAGCAAGGAGGAGCCAAGGGGGACACGUGGCAGGCUGUGAUUGGCUGGUCUGGGACGCCUCUGCGCUGCCUCUGCGGACUGGCUGUGUGGAUCGAGUGCUCUGUGACAUGCCCUUUGGGGUGCGGUGUGGAAACUUCAAGAUGAGGGAGAGGCUGUGCCCUGCAGUGAUCCGGCAGGUGUGUGUGAGAGAGGUGGGGAGGGAAUGGGGGAAGGAGGGGGGAAAGGAGGGGGAAAAGGAGGGGGUGUGUGUGCGAGAGGGAAUGGGGAGGAGUGGGGAAGGAGGAGGAGAGGAGGGAAAGGAGGUCGCACGUGUGCUGACUCCAGGCACUGGAGUGGCAGUGCUGAUGGCGGUGGGGAGGGGCGUGAGGGCAGCCGUUGAGGGCCUGAGUGUGUGUCUGCAAGAGAAGCAAUUGCUACAUCCCCACCGCCUAUCUCCCCCUUUUCAUGUCCCGCUCUCCUUUGUCCUCCUGCUCCGUGCAGGAGUGGCAGUGCUGAUGGCGGUGGGGAGGGGCGUGAGGGCAGCUGUUGAGGGUCUGGCUGUGUGCCUGCGGGAGAAGCAAUUGCUACAUCCCCACCCCCUAUCUACCCCCUUUGUCUCCCUGCUCCCUGCAGGAGUGGCAGUGCUGAUGGCGGUGGGGAGGGGCGUGAGGGCAGCUGUUGAGGGUCCGGCUGGUCUGGCUGUGUGUCUGUCUGCUGCACUAGCUGCUGGCCCACCCACUACGUCCUCCCACCCCUGCUUGUCCUCUUCUGUGUCUCCCCACUCGCCUCUUUCCUCCCCCACUGCAGGAGUGGCAGUGCUGAUGGCAAUGGGGAGGGGCGUGAGGGCAGCCGUUGAAGGACUGGCCGUGUGUCUGACUGGCAGUGCUGAUGGCGGUGGGCAGGGGCGACUGGCAGUGCUAAUGGCGGUGGGGAGGGGCGUGAGGGCAGCUGUUGAGGGCCUGGCUGUGUGCCUGCGGGAAAAGCAGCGACUGGCCGUUGAGAUGGAGGUGAGGGGGGAGGGGGAGCAGGUGAGUUGCCUCAAAGGCUCCUUGCACUCUGCAGAAAAGGCACAGUUAAAGGACGGGGUGUGA